UCCCGUGGAGGACCGGCCCUCUCUCCGGUGGCGCUCUGGUGUCUCCGGUGUCAGGCUGCGGCUCUCUCGGACAGGAGCGGUCAUGAUGGUGCGGAGCGCGGUGCUGCUGCUGCUGCUGGCCGGACAGGCGGCGCGCUGCCCGGCGGAGGUCAGUCCUCCUACGAUCAACAUCAACCUGGACGAGGAUGCAGAGGUGCGCUGGAAGCCUCUGCUGGACGUGUUCGACCUGGACUACCUGAGGAAGGCAGCAGCGGAGGUCAUCGACACUACAGUUCCAAAAUGGGUGCAUCAUGCAGUCACACCUAUUGUGGAGUCCCUGGAGAAGUACAUUCCUCAGCCUUACGCCGGGGAGAUCCGCGGCUUAGCCAAGCACAUGGGAGGAAAUCUGGCCGAUACCGUCAUUCUCAACUUUGCCUAUGAAAUUACUGCAUUUUGCACUAGCAUCAUAGCUCAGGACAAAAAUGGCCUCCUGUACCACGGCAGGAAUCUCGAUUAUCCGCAUUCUGUUCUGACGAAUCUGACCGUCAACGUAGUUUUCCUCAAAAAUGGAAAGGUGGCGUACACUGGAACCACAUUUGCCGGCUACGUUGGCUUGUGGACCGGACAGAGCCCUUACAAGUUCACUAUCUCAGGUGACCAGCGAGACUCAGAACACUGGUGGAACUGGUGGAAGAACUUUGUGUCCGCUUUCAUGUUCCACAGAUCUCCAGUCAGCUGGCUGUUCAGGGAGACCCUGGCGGAUGCAGAGGACUUUCAGGACGCAGUGAUGCGUUUGUCAAAAACUCCCCUCAUCGCUGGGGUGUAUUACAUCGUGGGCGGAGUUCGAGCGGGCGAAGGUGUCGUGAUCACCAGAGAUCGAGGAGGUGCCGCUGACAUCUGGCCACUGGACCCUGUGAAUGGAUAUUGGUACAGAGUGGAGACGAACUUUGACCACUGGCUUCCUACCCCGGCCUGGGAUCAUCGAAGAGAAGCAGCCAACAAAGCGCUGAACGCUACGGGCCAAGAUCACAUCAACAUGGAGACGCUCUAUCAGGUUCUGUCACUGCCUCCAGUGUGUAAUAGCAUUACCGUUUACACGACGGUUAUGAGUGCAGCAGCCCCCGAGAAGUACAACACACUCGUCAGGCCACAGGGCUGCGUAGGAGAAACUUAACUGACAGACAUGGAGCAGUGAACAGUGCAGUGAUUUCUCCUUCACACCGUGGUUAUACACUGAUUCAUGACCAUGUGGGGAUUGUGUAAUAAUGAGAUUUACAAGGGAAUUAGACAGUUUUAGGGUAGCAGUGCUUCCACUAGAUUAAUUUUUUUUAUAUUUUUAUCACUUAUAUGCAAUUUACAUUUUAAGAUUUAUAAUCGUUUUGUCUACUUAAAGGUUUGUGAUAAUGCAGAAUCAGCUGUAAUCUCACUAGUUCUUAUAGCUCUCACUUUGUAAAUAUGAGCCUUCGAAUCUUAUUUCAAAGAGUUUAACAAACAAUGGAUAAUGUGGAGAACUGAGCAAGAACAUUUGGUAUUUUAAUGGUGUGUGCUCGUGUUAUUUCCGUGGAUAUGUUUAAUAAAACAUUUUCAGAUUUUCA